AUGGCGACAGAGCAUGCGAUUAUUAGUGAACCGAUGGAGCUACCAUCGCUCCCACCCAACCAGGGCCUUGAGGCGAUGAAAGAUAUCAUAUUUGGAUCGUCGGCAGGAAUGGCAGGCAAACUCUUCGAGUAUCCCUUUGACACAGUCAAGGUCCGACUACAGUCCCAACCCGAACACCUCCCUCUCCGAUAUGCAGGACCAGUGGAUUGUUUCCGCCAGUCUUUCCGAGCUGAUGGCUUCCGAGGACUAUACAGAGGCAUCAGUGCCCCUAUGACUGGCGCUGCGGUGGAGACCAGCUGUCUCUUCUUCAGUUACCGUCUCAUUCAGGAUACCCUGCGCGCAACGGUCUACCCAGGCGUUGAGCACCUACCAUUCUUCGCUCUCAUUGCUUGUGGAGCUCUAUCCGGCUCGGUGACAUCGCUGGUACUCACACCUAUUGAACUGGUGAAAUGCAGGAUGCAGGUGCCCGCCGAGUCAGCUCUCAAACCUAGUGGCCCCAUGGCCAUCAUUGCAGGCAUUUUCCGACAUGAAGGGCUGGCAGGGUUCUGGCGCGGCCAAAUGGGAACCUUGAUCCGCGAAACUGGCGGAAGUGCAGCAUGGUUCGGCGGAUACGAGGGCGUAUCGUCGCUCUUCCGCAACUAUAACAAGUCAAACCCGCAAUUGACCUCCGACUCGCUCCCCAUCCACCAACAAAUGAUCGCAGGAGCAACGGCUGGAAUCAGCUACAAUUUCUUGUUCUACCCGGCCGACACAAUCAAGUCCCGCAUGCAGACUGUAGACGUCUCACGAUUGCCGAUCCACGCCCAGCAACAGACCUUCUGGGGCGUGAGCAAAGCUCUAUGGAGACAGCAAGGGCUCAAGGGCAUGUACCGCGGGUGCGGGAUCACCUGCGUGCGCUCGGCGCCCAGCUCGGCCUUCAUUUUCACAUGCGGUGUGAUAAACUUAUGUGUGAAAGCCGACGUGCAGUGCGCCUUUCCAGGCCCCAAAAGAGCACGACGGACAUUGAAUAGGCCACCAGUGAGUGAGCUACUCACUCGUUUGAAGCAUCUUGAAGAAGAGGUCAAGCAACUUCGCUCAGCACGCCACAAUACCGUCCAUACAUCCGAGUUGGAUAAUCAUCCAAAUCUGGAGACAGUCAAAAAGACAGAAUUACUGGUUUCCAAAGAUGGAAAGAGUCGGUAUGUCGGUGACGAGGCUUCUGCUGCACUAGGACAAAAGAUCUCUGAACUCCGUGAUAUUAUAGAAAGCUCUUCAGAAGAAGAGUCAUAUUCGCCCGAUGCGAACUAUAGUCCCAUUAUCCUGCCAGAGGAUGGAUUUCUUGGAAAUCACGAGUCCGCUUGGUCUCUCGACUCUUUUCGCCUCCAUUAUUGCCAACCAGCAAGGAUUGAUGCAUUAUGGAGAACAUACCAAGAGAAUGUGGCACCAUUGAUUGUCAUACUUCAUCAAGCCACCAUGGCGAGGCUUGUCCAAGAUGCCUGCGCUGGCAUCGAAUUGAUCCCUUCGGAUGAGGCAUUACUAUUCUCUGUGUGUUAUGCCGCUGUGGCUAGCAUGAAAGCGCACAAAUGCCCUUCGAUACUUGGCACCGACUACGAUACAGCUAUCCAAGACUGUAAAAAAGCAGUAAGCCACGGACUUCGCCGAGCCAACUUCAUCAAGUCUCAGAGCCUGUCUACUCUUCAGGCCGCCGUUCUGUUCUUACUAUGUUAUCGAGUCGGUGGUGAUACGCGCCUUGUAUGGGCUGAAUCUGCCGUCGUGAUACGAGUUGCACAAGCACACGGCGUGCAUCGCGAUGGGCGGAAUUUCGCAUUACCACCCUUCGAAACUGAGAUGCGCCGUCGGUUGUGGUGGCAUAUCUGCUUACUUGACAUGUUGUCUUCGGGAGAUCAAGGGGUCGAUACUCAGAUUAGACCCGAAAUGUUCGACACACAUUUUCCGGGUAAUGUUGACGAUGAUGAUAUUGGCUUGCAUUUGACCGAUCAGUCAUCACCGAAGACCGGCUUCACAAAUACCACCAUCUGCAUCAUGAACUGUCAGAUCAUGAACGACAUGCUCUGGCCGCGUCAGGGUGGAUACUCGGAUAUGUCUACGCAGGACCGCGAGAAUCUCGUCACAGCUCUAGGGAAGCGCAUUCACGAACAGUACAUCGAUCAUUUCAACCUAGAUAUCCCAAUCCAUUGGGUGAUCGCAACCAUCGUACGACUCCAACUCUCCAAGGCAUGGCUGGCGACUCAUUUCCAGUCUGGAGACUUAGAGGUGAAGACCUUCCGCCAUGACGAUCGUGUCUUCGAGAUCGCUGUCGAGCUUGUACAGUUCUCCUACCUCCUGCAAACUAACGAAGGCACCUCGCAGUGGAGCUGGUUAUGUAAAAGCUACAAGGAGUGGCAUGUGGUCGCUUUUAUACUUUCCGAGCUGUGUUUGCGUCCACUUAGUCCCGAGACUGAUCAUGCUUGGGAUGUCGUGACCAAAAUGUAUGGGCUUUGGCAGCAGGAUAUGCGUACUGAUGCUCUGCUUCAGAAGCCUUUGGAUCGGCUCAUGGCACGCACAGCCUCAUUGCGAGCUGCUAGACAAGGGCAAAAUGUCCAGACACCGUUCAGUGGAGAAGAGACUUUGUCCGAUGUGUCUUUUGGCUUGGGUGACAACGGUUCCAAUUUGCUUGAAGUAUCGGAACUGUUUUCUGAUCUGGACUGGCUUGCUGGGUCCAUCUUUUAG